AUUGCCAAAGAGACAAUAGAGCAGAAUAGAAUCUUGAAAAAUUACUUGAAAGCAGGAACUGAAGAGGACGUGGAAGGGUAGAGAGGGGUGGGAGAAUGUAGCAUGAUGCUGAGCUCAAAUCAUAUUCACCAAUCUCUCAGAAAGCCACACCUCAGCUUCCUUAAAAGGGGCUACGUUUUAAGCACUUCAAGCUCACCAUCACGUUCCUACCAGCAGCAACCGAAAAUGGUAUCAGUGGUGACUGAGGACGGAGGACAGACCGCUCAUGACGUGAUCAGAAAAACUGAAGCUAAUACACACCUUUCUCUUGAGGCGUGGUUGAGCAGAAAACUGUCUAUGGUGGUGAGUCUUCGUCAUACUGGCUGACUGCUGAGUUGGAAUAUCUGAUGGGGUGUGAUAACAUUAAAAGAACUGUACUCAACCCAACGAAGACACGCCGCCUCCUCCUCGCCUUUCUCUGUAUUUUACCGCUGUGUCUUCUCAAUGGAUGGCCAAGAGGAUUCAUGGCCUGGACAGCCAUAAAUCCCUCCGCCUUCCGUGACUGGAGCAGCAGUAGAAACGUCACCAUCCUGCUGUGGUACUGGCCCUAUGGAAGGUCAUUCAGCCUGAAGGGUGAUGUGUGCUGGGACCUCUACCGCAUCCCUCGUUGUAGACUGGUGGACCAGCGCUCCUUGUUCCCCUCAGCUGAUGUGGUGGUGUUCCACAACACAGAGCUGGUGCUGGGCCGCCAAAAGUUGCCCGUUGACCUUCCACGGCCGCAGGGCCAGAGGUGGGCCUGGAUGUCCCUGGAAGCCCUUGUUAACAAUGGAAACUUGUCUAAGUAUGCAAAUAUCUUCAACAUGACCAUCACCUUCAGGAGAGAUGCUGAUAUCACUGUACCUUACGGCGAGCUGCUACCAAAGGAGGCUGAAGGACAUUUGGUGGAAGACAUCCCUGCGAAUAAGAGCUUUCUGGCCUGUUGGGUGAUCAGCAACUACAGGAGCCACCAGAAGAGAAGCAAAGUGUACAAAGAGCUUAUUGCCACAGUUCCUGUGAAGGUUUACGGUCGUUACACAAAGAAACGCCUCCCCUCUAGUGCCCUCUUACCUACAAUAUCUCGCUGCUACUUCUAUUUGGCUUUUGAGAACACAGUCGCCAAAGAUUACAUCACUGAAAAGCUGUGGAGGAAUGCUUACCAAAGCGACGCGGUGCCCGUCGUUCUGGGACCGCCAUUAGGCGACUACAAAGCCGUGGCUCCACCUAAUUCUUUCAUCCACGUUGAUGAGUUUGCAUCCGUUAAAGACUUAGGAAAAUAUCUACAAGAGCUUGCAGGAGACAAGGAACGCUACAGUAAAUAUUUUACCUGGAAACAUGAGUGGAAAGUGAAGUUGUACACAGACUGGAGGGAGAGACUGUGUAAGAUCUGCUCACAGUACAACAGUUUACCUCAGGAGAAAGUUUACUCCGACCUAGAGGCCUGGGUCAAUUAGGAAACCUUGUUCAAGGACACUAUGGAAACAUGUAUACAUACAGUAUAUGCAACUAACAUAACAUGCUUGACCCAGUGAAUUAAAGCCCACUGAUAUCCCUAGCACUUUAUACCAAACACCUGACCUCUUUAGGGUUAAAAGAAUAGUUUGACAUUUUGGGUAAUACGCUUAUUCGCUGUUUUGCCAAGAGUUAGAUGAAAAGAUUUGUUAGCACUCAAAAGUAACUCUUCGCAAAAAAGGGAAUAAGCACAUUCCCAAAAAUGUUAAACUAUUCCUUUAAAUAAACACAGGCCCAUACUGUGCAAUGACUCCCAGCCUUAAACACAUGUACUGUACAGACGCUUAACAAGCACCAAGGUUACUGUAAAUGGCACCGACAGUCUCUGAUCUAUUUUUUAUUAAAGUGCUUCCAUUAAAGACUACUGAGUGACCUUUGGUGGACACACGGUGGUCGAAGUCUUUAAAGUACAAAACUUUUAAAGGGGUUAGGUGUAAGAAUCACAAAUUGCUUGUUUACAACGAAGGUCCCUCCAUUAAAUCGAAGGCCUAGGAUGUUGAUCCUAGCUUACCCCCUGACGCCGGUCAAAUUCCUGUUUUGCAAGAUGGGCUUCACUUUACUUUUUUGUGCUUCUGUAGAGUUUGUUUUGGAGUCUGAGUUGAGGUGGGUGCUAAUCGUUUGUUGCUGUUAGCGGACUCCAUUUCCAACCAAACAUUAACUAUGGUUGCACACUGUUAGCCCUGUAGCGGAGCUAAAAAUAAAAGGCAUUCACGACGUACAUGACGCAUAAAAUAAAAUUUGACCAAUAAAAGUAACAUUUGUUUAUAUUUCCUCUCUCCAAGGGGAGAAAGCUUGAAAUUGCAGUGUCAGCAUAUCAUUUAAAUGUAAAAUGCUUAAUAUUUUCAUAAUGUACCAUUCAAAAAGGCAGGCACUAUGUUGGAUGAUUUGAUAUCAAAAAGCUUAUUUUUUUUCUAUUUGAUAUUUGUCAUUUUACUUUUGCACUGUUUGUAAGAAUAUAUGUUUCAUGUCCAUCUUCCCUUGUUAAUAAAAAUAAUGGUUUACUUAAAAAAAUAAAUUGUCACUCAUUGCACCAUGAACUACUUGUGAUACAAAAAAAAAAAACUCCACUUCCUCAAACCAAUGUAAAACAGGAGGUAUUUCCAGUUAUUGUAGAUAAUGAUACAGAUUGUAGAGAUGCAUUAAGACCAAAGAAACCAUCAUCACUAUUCAGUUUCUCAGACUCUGCUUCCAUAUAUGGUUGUAAAUUAAAAUGUUGGACUCUAUAAGAGUUAGGCUGGUUAUUAUACUGUACAAUAAAAGGCUGGGACAUGAGUAAAAUUUUACUGGAGUAUAUAUAUAUAUAUAAAAGAAACAAUAUUUCAGCAGUUUACACAUAUCUUUCAACACAUUGACAUUUUCAACAUAAAGAUUAGAUGCAUUUAAGGCUAAAGGUGUUUUGAUUGAAAACUCUGUAGCUAACAUUUCAAUAAAUUAUAAUUUAAUGCAUUUACAAUCUGUUGAGAAAAUGUCACAGUAAAAACUACUGGUUACAGUCCAACAGUUAUGAUUGCACAUUGGUAUUAUACGUCUGUAAAAUUAUUCAUGAGGCAAUACUAUGUUACCAUUAAUGCUGAUUUAAAAGGAUUGUUUCAAUGUUUUCUUCUGACAACUCUUAAAGGUUUGGUCUUGCUAAUAAAUUCAUCAUCUGAAGGAACUUCUAAGUCAUGUGAGGUAUAGUCAAGAAGAGCGACUACAUUAAUGCACAGAA